AUGAGCCGGCGGACGCAUGGCUCCUCCCCCAACCGCCGCGACGAUGACGACACGCUCAGCGCCACGUGCUUUGCUGGGGAGGUGGAGCAAGGUCGCGGUCCUGGGCGACCCGCGUGUGAAGCUCGGGUUUUGGUGAACAUCGGCAACCAUUUCGAUCUCAAAGCAAGUGUUUUCCAAGCACCGAGGAGGGGCAUAUACAGCUUCAGCUUUCACGUGGUCAAGGUCUACAACAGGCAAACCAUACAGGUGAACCUGAUGCAGAACGACUACCCGGUCAUAUCAGCGUUCGCCGGCGACCAGGACGUGACGAGAGAGGCGGCCAGCAACGGGGUGCUGCUGAUGGUGGAGCGCGAAGACCGGGUCUACCUGAAGCUGGAGCGGGGCACCCUCAUGGGCGGAUGGAAAUACUCCACCUUCUCAGGCUUUUUGGUCUUUCCUCUAUAAUCGCCUCCCGCGAUGUCCCGCGUCGCACGCACUGAACUCUUUACAUGCCGAGGGGAUCAAAGACCGAAACA